UUAGCAAUCAAGGUAGUUGAUAAGCAGAAGUUGCCGUUACGAAUAAAGAAUGAAUUCAUCGCGCGAGAGAUUCGUGUAUGGCGAUUAUUGAAGCAUCACCGUAUCUUAGAACUUCAGGAAUUCUUUGAAGAUGAUGAAAAGUUGUUCUUCGUUUCAUUAUUGGCCGAAAGAGGCACCUUAUACACGCACCUCAAGCACAACGGUCCUGCAAUAGAAGAUGUAGUGCAAACGUGGAUGUGGCAAAUAAUAACUGGUGUACAGUACAUGCAUUUACGAUGGAUAGCACAUCGCGAUUUGAAACUAGAAAAUAUAUUGCUGUUUGAAGAUGGCACAGUAAAAGUUGCAGAUUUCGGAUUUAUACUUGAUCAUAUUAAGUCUGAAACAGAAACAUCAAGGACCUAUUGCGGUUCAAGACCAUACAUGGCUCCUGAGAUUCUUUUGCAACUUCCCUAUCUACCAUUCAAAGCGGACGUGUGGGCUAUAGGCAUAAUGUCUUAUGCACUUCUUACAGCUCGCUAUCCAUUCGACCAUCAUAUGAAUGUGGUUCAACUCACCAAUUGUCAACGAUUACGAGACUACAAAUAUCCGGAUCAUAUUAUCCCUACUAUCGCGUGUCGCGACGCAAUCGAUCAACUGCUCACCUAUGAUGCUUAUUUGAGACCCACAAUACAUGAGGUUUAUUUAUGCACCAUAAACAUGUUUCGUAGUAAAGCUAGUGAAAAAAACUACAGAAUGACAUCACCUAAUGCAAUAUAUUCAGCUCAUAUUAUCGAUCGAAAUGUUUUCCAGUGA